GUCAUUCCCAACUACUGUUCAUACAAUAAUAGCACCAUCAUCAUGGAAUCACCCCUCAUCUCUCCAGACACUUAUAUCACGGCCACCUUCGCAACCCUCCUGCAACCGUUCAACCCCUCCUCGUCAGCGAUCCAAAAAUGGACCAACCUUCUCCUUUCAACCUACUCAGAGCGGCAUAGAUACUACCACACAUCUACUCACAUCUACUCCAUGCUCCAACACUUCUCUUCCUGCCUCCCCCAGAUGGUCAACCCCACUGCCGUCGGCCUCGCAAUCAUCUUCCACGACUGGGAACACCUUCCCCACUCACCAUCCGGGUGGAACGAGGAGCAAUCCAAAGUCCACUUCGCCGUCUUCGCUGAGGAAGUACGCCUCCCAGCCCCUCUCAUUUCUACCGUGAAGCAAUACAUCACUGCCACGAUCUCGCACAAAGUUCCGCCUGGGGACGAGCAUGAUGGGGAUCUGAAGCUAUUCUUGGACUUCGAUUUGGAGGUUCUAGGGAGGGAGAGGAAGGAAUACGAGACUUAUAUGAGGCAGAUUCGGAGAGAGUAUAGUCAGUUUGCUGAUGACCAGUAUGUAUGUGUGAGGAAAGCGGCAUUGAAGAAGUUUUUAGAUACGACGAGGUUGUACUUUUCGGAUGUGUUUUUUGAGCGGUGCGAGGAGAGGGCGAGGGAGAAUUUGCAGUGGGAGGUUGGAAUGCUAGAGGGUGAUGGAAGGUGGGGGCCUAUGGCGGAGUUGAUGAGUGAUGUAAUUUGAGGGGACGGGAGUGGAAUAAGAUGUGAGGGGGUGUGUAGUACUAGGGUAUCGGUGUGGCGGUGACUGAUGAGGGAAACAUGAGCGUCUGAUUUAUAAUAGAAGAUAUUAAUUCAGUCAAAUGCUAGUAACUGGAGGUAUAUUAGUAAGUUAAGUUCUUUACUAAUUGUCAGAUAUAGAAGAAUAGCAGUCACGUGAACUUAAAUUUACACUAGACUAGCGCCUUCUAACGCGACAAAGGAAGCUCUCCUUCGUUUGCAAUUCAAAUAACCCUUUACUACCCAAAAUGCUCGCACGCGUUCUAGAUGGGUAAUUCUCACUCAGAUAUUAUAUAUUAGUU